AUGCAUCCCCCCACUCUGUCCAUGCGGGUGCUUCCAGUGAGCACUGAUCCUCAGACUGACUCGCUCGCCUCCUUGGCGCCUCCACCUCCUUCGCCUUCAUCACACGUGCAUGCGCCUUCGUCGCGCUCAUCCGCAUCCGCCUCCCCUCCACGCACGCCUUUCAUCUCCCCUGCAUGUCGUACACCUCCCCCUUCCACCCGUGCGCGUACUCAACAAGAUUACGCUCCGAGCGAGUGCGGGUCCGACGGGUGCGAUAUAGGGACCCACCGCUUGGACGAGCCGGGAAAGCGCCGUGAGGGCGACUUGGAAAGGCGCCUUGAGGUGGACCAUGGCGCAGAAGAGGAAGAACUACCGCUAUCGAUGGAGCCUCACUCUCCGUCGUCAACUGAGCCGCACUCUCCGCGGCUACAAGCUUUGACGGGCCCUCCGUCUCCACGACUCUCAGCAGAAGUUCCGCCGACCUCGCCACAAGUCGAGUCUUCGCCGUCCUCUCCAUCGCUACAAGCUUCGCUGUCCUCAACCUCGCCGCAGCCUACAUCUUCACCUUUCUCAUCAUCGCAGAAUCCGGCGCUGCAAGCGCCACCGACGUCGUCAAAAGCACCACCGCUGUCGGCUGCGCCCAUGCCAUUGUCUUCAUCCUCGCUCUUGCCGCUGCGCACACCUUCGCCUUUGGCGUUGCACCCACCUCCGCCUUUGGCGUUGCUCCAGCCGCCCGCGAGGGUGUAUGAGGUCUCUGGUCACUCGCACCUGAGACCCAUCGACAGCGCGCGCGCUUGCCAGUCCGAACGGGGUGCUCGUGCACGCGAGUCUCAAGCUAGCGGGGACGUACUUCCUCCGCUGCCCACCGCGGUUUCGCCUUCCCGUCGUCCUCCUUGCUGAGUUCUCGUCGCAGAGGACCAUGUACCGUAGUGAUAGUAUCCAGAUAGAAUAUAGUAUUUAGACGACGUUACCUUGCCUAGCAAGGUCUCUCGCCACCCUUAAUUGAAGCCCAACUUUUUGCAGGCACGAUCAGAGAGUCAACAAUGCCCAACUAAUGACUGAACGCUCCGGGCUUCGAACCCGGAGCUACCCAGAACCGGAUCUCAAGAAAGGGUGCGUCGCCGGUCGCAGAGCCCGA